AUGGAUCAAGGAGUAGCAUUUCAACCGUUGAUCAGUUCCAUACAGAAGGUGGCCUUGUUUGAGACGAAAGCGAAACUGUAUCUGAUCGGCAGCAACAGCAAGGAGACACGGUUUCGCGUGCUGGAGAUCGAUCGGCGUGCACCCGAUCUGACGAUCUACGAGAAUCCUAAUGAGCUGGAAAAGAGUGACAUUCGAAAGUUUGUGCAAUCACGCUCAUUCACCCGAUCGAUCAGUGCGUACGGUGUGCUGGGGUUCGUUAAGUUCCUCGAGGGCCACUACCUCAUUCUGGUCACCAAACGGACUCGGUGUGCGUUCAUCGGGAAGCACAUCAUCUACACGAUCAAAGAUACCGCCAUGAUCCGGGUGAACGAAGCGGCCAGCAACAAACAGAUGCACCCUCUCGAGCAGCGGUACGUGAAAAUGUUCACCAACGUCGACCUGAACAGCAAUUUCUACUUCAGCUACAGCUACGAUCUAACGCACAGUCUGCAGUACAACUUGGCUUCGCCCAAGUUCGUCGGCAGUCGGUGCAACAUCGUGAAGGACGAGCCACUCGUGUGGCAGAAUCGGUCCGGGGAGAAGACAACAUACGCUUUCCGGGGCGUUUCACGGGAGCGUUACGUGUGGAACGCAUUCCUACUGAAACCGAUGGGCAGCGUCGUGCAUAAGGACUGGAUGCUGGAAAUUAUCCACGGCUUCAUCAGCCAGUCCAGUAUCAGCAUCUUCGGUCGCCAGGUGUAUGUGUGUCUUAUCGCCAGACGAAGCACACGGUUCGCCGGAACGCGCUUCCUCAAGCGUGGAGCCAACUUUCAGGGGGACGUUGCCAACGAGGUGGAAACGGAACAAAUCGUACUGGAUGGGGGACGUAUGUGUAGUUUCACGCAGCUACGGGGCUCCGUGCCUUCGCACUGGUCCCAGGACGUCAGCAAAAUGGUACCGAAGCCACAGAUUGCCAUAGAUCUAUCCGAUCCGUAUGGUGAAACGGCCGGUAAGCACUAUCAGCGACUGAUGUUCCACUACGGGGCGCCGGUGAUCUUGCUGAAUUUGGUGAAAACGCGCGAAAAACGACGCCACGAGUGUCUGCUGAGCGAGGAGAUGCAGUCGACGGUCGACUAUCUGAACCAGUUUCUGCCCCCACAGUUCCGCAUCAGGCACAUCGCGUUCGAUAUGGCCCGCAAAAACCGGGGCAAGGGUAACGCGAUGGAAAAACUGGCCAAAAUAGCGGAAACGGUCAUUCUACAGACGGGCAUGUUCUACCAGGACGACGAGCGCAAACAGAAGCAGACGGGAAUUGUGCGCGUAAAUUGCGUGGACUGUUUGGACCGCACCAAUACGGCCCAGUUUGCGAUUGGGAAGUGCAUGUUGGCUCACCAGUUGUACGAUUUGGGGUUCCUGAAGGAGCGCCGGUUGGAGUUUGAGUCGGAUUGCAUUACGAUGCUGGAAAACCUGUACGAGGACCAUGGCGAUACGUUGGCCCUUCAGUACGGCGGUUCGCAGCUGGUUCAUCGGAUAAAAACCUAUCGCAAAACAGCAGUGUGGGCUUCGCAAGGAAACGAUAUCAUGCAGACACUCAGUAGGUACUACAGUAACACCUUCAGUGACACCGAGAAGCAGCACAGUAUCAAUCUGUUCCUCGGCUACUACAUUCCUUCUAAGGCGGAAGUGAACAAAACCCUUCACAUAUGGGAUCUGGAAACGGACUUCUACAUACACAACUCGCGGUUCGAUGACAUACGAAAGAUUUCUUCAAUCCCACUCACCCAAUGGGUCAGCCCGUUCGUAAUGAAGUGCCUUCCGGCGGCGGUUAGCGACGAAAAUCGUGUGGUGAAGGAGCUGAUCAAGAUUCACUCGAACGACGCCGAGAUAAUUGAUUAUUACUCCAACUUUCACUACGAUUAUAAGCUAACGUCGUUCGAGGAGCACAUCGACUAUCAGCUGAGCCAUCUGUCGCGAAACCUGGUGCCAGCAUUUCGGUCUAAUUUCAGCCCCUUCGAGCCGAUCCGGCGGCAGGAGAAGACGGGGCUAAAGAACCCUUCGCUCACCGGGCAGUCGUCGACGAGCUCUGCCAACAGCUCGUCGUCUGAACGAUCGGACGCUUAUUCCGAGACGGACGAGGAGGACAAGAGCAAUCGAAAUACUGCACCAAGCAGCAGUAACAACAGCAGCCGGGCAGAAGAUCCCGUCACGCUGAGCUCUAUGUUUCCGAUGACGAACGAUAUCUACGGGUUCGAGAUAAAAAUGCCAAACAAAGCGGACAUGUUAAAAUAUGAAAAGUAUGCGGAAAUGAAUCGCAUGUGUAGUGUCUCAGGAGGAUUGGAACGCUCCGUUGGUGCGCCACAGCAGUACAAGCGCUAUGGUCCAAUCGCGGACCGCGGAGUGCUGUCGAUGCAGAACAACGAAAUCGUUGCCGGUAGCUCUGCAAGUAAAAUGGACAUCAAAAACGAUGUGGAAAUUCCAACCGUCAGCGAAGCAAGUAGAGCAAUAUACGAAAAGUAUUGCCGGCUGAAGGACACCAUAAUGACCGAUUAUGAGUGUGACCCGGUGAUACUUAAAUAUGUGAAUAUGUUCGCUUAAGGAGCCAAAAAUCCAAAAAAUAUUCGCGAUUUUUUCAUCG